AGUCUAUGAUUUAAGGUUAUGUCGGUAAUAAACAAAGCACGUAAAUAAAUAUAUUUACACAAUGAACACGACUCACUGGGGUGAAAUCCCCAAAGAAAACAAUGACUAUGUACCAGACGUCAUGCCAGAUAUUGAAAGAUCAAUGGACAAAUUCUGCCUUGCUGAAUUCGAAGACGAUGAUGUGCCCGUCCGAAACGAAAAAAUUGUCCUUCCACCUAUAGAUCCUUUAAUACUUUAUGCAAUCUCAUUGCAUAAAUACACAAAUGACAUGACUGAAAUGAUAAGAGUUGCAGAACUCGCCACGGAAGUCAACUUAAUACCACCUGAAGAUGCUGCCCCACCGAUGCCUGAAAUGCCACAAAUUGACAUCAAACAUCAAAGGAAUAGUCUAAAUUUUAUAACAAAAGAAUUAACCCCAUUUUCACAAGGACAAGAAGUAGAAAUGCCUGAACUGAGUGAAACUGUUGUAAAGCAAAUAUUACACAAAUCUGUAGUCACUAUGUUUGCUCAUAUAGGUUUUGAAACCACUCAUCAAAGUGUUCUGGAUGUUUUAACUGAUGUUUUGGAAACAUUUUUUAAAAAAUUCACUUUAAACCUGAAAGCAGCAGUUGAGGAUGAGGAAAAUCAUGGCACCACAUUUCCUCAUGUAAUAGAAAGAGUAUUAACAGAAACAGGCUUGGGAGGAGUAAAAGGUCUAAAUGAUUAUUAUCAAUGUAGGGUCGUAAAAUAUAUAAAUGUCUUACAAAAAAGAUGCAAGGAAUUAAAUGAUUAUUACGCAAGAUUGUUAAUUCCAAGUACUGACUCAUCAGGAGAAAAUUCAAAUAAGGUUAGAGUUAAAAUUAAAGUUGAACAAGAUGAUGAUGUUAUGGAAAUUGAAAAUCCUGAAUUACAUUUUACCACAAUUGAUGGUGACUGUUCCACUUUAGAAUCUGGAUAUCAACUCUUAAAUAGUUUAGAAGCAGUGACUAAUUUGCAGAGCUUGGGAGAUUCUGAAGAAGAUAUGGUUGCUUCAACCUCUGGAGUUUCUGGACCAUCUGAAAGUGAUAUCACCCACAUUCCUUUCUCAAAAAGGAAACGGUUUAAAUAAUAUAAAAAUUUGUAGAUUUUAGAUAUUUAUUAAUAAUGUGCGUUAUAAAUUUUUGUAUGCAAAUAUACAUAUUGCUCGUG